CGUUUUUUUUUCUUUUUGUGACGAACACUAGAUAAUGUGCAUUUAUUGUACGAAAAAAAAAAAGUUCAUUAUUUCUUUUUUUUUAUUUUCUUUCUCGAUUACUCCGAUGUACAUAAAAGUACACAAAUAUAAUUAUCACAAUAACCACAAUAACCACAAUAAUAACCACGAUAACCACAUAAUUUUUAACUAUGGAAGUACGACAGUUUUAAUAGAUAUAUUAAAGAUAAUGCAUUUUUUAUAAUAAAAUAAAAAAA